AUGGGGCGUAAGCUGCUUUCAUGGUUUAUAUUUGCUUCGGUUUUCACAGUAGCCUGUGUUAAUGCACAAUGGACGGUCGACGGAUUGACGGGAGUCACUGCUAUGCACGCAAUGAUGUUAACUCCGACGACAAUAAUCAUCAUCGACAAAUCCGAGACCAAUCCAGACGCAAAAUUGCCUGAUGGUUCACUAACCUGGGCCGCCGAAUAUAAUCUCGCAACACACAAAUUCCGACCGCUCAAGUUAUCCACAAACACUUUCUGCUCGGCUGGAGCAUUCUUUGGCAAUGGUACAUUCCUUUCGACCGGCGGUGGUGAACCAAACCCGGCUAAUAACGCAGGCGAUGGUUAUCGUGGCAUUCGUUACUUUCAACCAUGUCAAGAUGGCACUUGCGAGAUCAUCGAAGUCCCUAACUUGCUAAGCAGUAAUCGAUGGUAUAAUGCCAUGCUUACUAUGCCAACUGGAGACAUUCUCAACUUCGGUGGUUCCGUCCAGUCAACUGGAGCUAACUCUGCAAACAAGAAUAACCCGACUUUCGAGAUACAUAGUCCCACUGGAAAUAAUAAAGCAUCCAACGUACAGUUCUUAGUCGAUACCCUUCCGUAUAACCUUUUCCCAUUUAUCCAUGUAAUUCCCGACGGCAUAUGGCAAGGCUACUAUAUCGUUUUCGCAAAUAAAGCGUCGGUAAUAUAUGACAUCACAAACAAUGUACCAAUUAAAGCACUUCCUGAGGCUCCUGGCGGUAUUCGUUCAUAUCCGUGCACUGGUGCAGCGACCCUGCUUCCGCUUGAUUACCAAAAUAAUUACAAUCCUGAAUUCCUUGUAUGUGGAGGACAAAGUAUGUUCAACCAGUUCACUAACCCUGCCGAGGAUUCAUGUGUUAGAAUGGACCUUGGUUCUGCUGACCCAAAAUGGGAAGCUGACAAUUUUGGUGGCAUACCUAGAGUCAUGCCUGACGUCGUUCAUCUCGCUGAUGGUCAUGUAUUGUUCCUGAAUGGAGCAUCUCUUGGACAAGCUGGAUAUAACACAGGGAAGCUCUUGGCUGAUAAUCCUGCGUUCACACCACUUCUUUAUGAUAUGUAUCAGCCUUUGGGACAACGAUGGACUAAGCUUACCCCAGCCACUAUUCCAAGAAUGUACCACUCAGUUGCCAGCUUGAUUACUGAUGGCACUGUCUGGGUAGCUGGAAGUAAUCCUAAUCCCAAUUUCAAGACAGGUGGGCUAUACCCGACAGAAUACCGUGCCGAAAUAUUCACUCCACCAUAUAUAUCGGCCAACACUCGUCCACAGAUAACUUCCUUCAAGGGUCAGACGACUCUCAAUACAUCUCCCAUAAAAGUGACUUACGGCGAGGCUGUUCCUAUAAUCUAUACCCUUACCGGAACUCCCGGUACAAUCACAGCCACCAUAGUACAUCCUGGUUUUCGCACUCACUCCCAAGCAAUGUCGAUGAGACUCGUUCAUCUCCAAAUAACCGACAUUGCAUCAUCAGGACAAGAUACUUAUACUGCCAAAACGCUCAAUGCUAAUGGCCAGCCAUCAGAAUACGCGUUCCAAGUUGAAAUUGCUGCCAUUUUUAAACAACUACUUUCCAAGGCUUAUCCAACAUUGAUGUAUCAUGUUCUCCCCGAGGCUAAAGAAUAUGAUGAAGAUGGCUUCCGGCGUAAGCGACUGGAUGUCCUUGUUCGCGAUAGUGGUUUAUCGGCUUAUGGUUAUGAACUUCUUGUCGAAGGCGAACAAAGAUGUUUUCAAUAG